AUGAAUCAUACUACACCUUAUUUUGCACUGAUGAAAGACGUCGAAUUUGCAAGACCCCAUGAAGACAGUAAUCCAUCUUGCCUUACUUGCACUGUGCAAGGAUCUGAUGGAAGUAUUGUAGAGACAUUAGAAGCAUUCCAUAAUCCAGAGCAUGUAAUAAACUACCCAAGUUUCCAGGUAGGUUUUACGCACGUAUACGAGCUAUGGCUCAAUGCAACGGCUGGAGUAUUAGGGUUGAGCCCUCAAGUGUCCAAAGUAGCCCACAAAAUGGAUGUCAAAAUCUUUGCCGAAAGUGAAAAGGUUCUCGUUCUUUCGAUUGAAAAAUAUUCGUUUGCUGACGCUGUUGCCAUCGCAAGUGACUCUGAACCCAUUGUACUGAAGUCAGACAGACGUCUCGAGCAUUUGUUGAGUAUACCUAUCAAGGUCAUUUUGGGAAAGGGAAAAGUUGAAAGCUAUACACUGGAUCCUAACGAAAGCUUGCUGUCUCAGAAAAUCAAAAGGUCGGUCCUCCGUCAGCUUGAACUAGAUCUUGACGAACUUCCCGAAUCAAGAGAAGAGCAACAGGGACCAAUUAGAUAUAAUGUGACUAGGAAAUCUCCUGUCGGUAACUAUGUUUCCCAGUACAUAAUCACUGAAAGCCCAUUCCCUGAGUUCCCCAAGGAACGCAACGUUUACAAUGUCACCAGGUAUGACGAAUACGAAAAUAUUUCAUACAUAGCCUAUCUUCAGCAUGAUAACUUUAACAAAAACGAACGUCCUGAAGACAUUCCACAAAAGGAUAGUGAAGAAGAUGAUAAUGUUCGUCCCAUCAAUUCUCAGCUGCACUCACCCAUCAGACUGAGCUUCACGCAACAGCACAAUCUGGUAACAAAACCGGACGGAAUCGUGGAAAUCGACAGUGUCAAGACAUACGAAUCUCAUCUGGCACACUUGUACGACCAGAAAAUGCUAGUUCUUGUAAGUUCUCUGUUGACACUGAAGCAGAUAAUUUCUGAAAAUAUUCCAGAACCAGUUGGACAGCUAGAAUUCCAAGGGUUGCCCGAUUUAGAGGAGGAAAUCGAUGAAGAUGAAAUUCGAGCGGUUUGCCACCAUCCAAAUCCAAGUGAGAGUAUUCGGAUCGUUAAGAAGCUGCUGGAGGAAAUAUCCGAUUUUGUCAUCAGAGAUGAGAUUAAAGAACCCAAGCAGCAGAAUGUGGGAGAGAAACUUGUUCUCUUACAAAAGGCAGCGGGUUUGCUUACAAAAGACCAUUUGAACGUUAUCCAGGACAGCCUCAAACAUUACGAUGAUUUAAUCGCUGCAUCCGAGCGGGAAAAAAUUAAGAGGCAAAUCUGGCUAAACAUUUUACCUCUGAUUGGAAGCAAGGAAUCUGUAGCGUUCAUUGUCCAAUUAAUCAAGGACAAUGCGAAUCCACCAAACAAAAUUAUCUGCUUAUGGGAAGCGAAAGAAAUUCUGGAAGCUCUUCCAGAAAAUAUUCAUGAACCUGAUGAAGAGAUCUUUAUUCAAUUAAAAGAGCUGUUGGAAAUCGAACACAGUGAAAGAGAUCCAGCAUUCCACUUCUUCCACUCCGCUGUUCAUUUGGCAGUAUCUCGCGUCAUUAACAGACUCAACAUCAACCUUGCUGAACCUGAAGACGAAGAUUCUUUGAGAGGUGAUGUGCUCAGACGCGAUGGGCUCAGAGGUGAUGGGCUCAGAGGUGAUGGGCUCAGAGGUGAUGGGCUCAGAGGUGAUGGGCUCAGAGGUGAUAGGCUCAGAGGUGACGGGCUCAGAGGUGAUGGGCUCAGAGGUGAUGGGCUCAGAGGUGAUGGUUUAAGAUUCUUCCUUAGAGCAGCCCAACCCAGAAAGCAAAAGCAAUCUUCCAAUAGCCUGGAAGAAGAAAUUCAAGAAUUUAUCAAGAACACUGGUGCAAAAUUGCUAAAUACUGAUAACAAAGCCAAGAGAGUGAUCUACAUAGAAGCUCUGGUACGUAGUGGUCUAGUUGAGGCUCUACCCUACAUUGCUCCUUUUGUCCGUGGCCGAGUUCCUAUAGGCAGCCCCAAGUACAUCAAUUUCAUUAAGUCUGUCGCUCUCUACGCUCUUCACAAUAUUGUCGAUCAACAUCCCAAAGAAGUUCUUGAUCUGGUAGUACCAGUUUUCUUUAACGAAACGGAAAACCAUAAGAUACGAACAGCUGCAUUUGGAGUUCUUCUAAGGACCAAGCCAAGUUUGAGUCUUCUAACACUCAUCGCCGAUCAGUCAUGGAAGGAGGAAAGCGAAGAAGUGGGAAGUUUCGUAACAUCAGUUUUGGAAAGUCACGGCAACUCAUCGCUCCCUCGGGAUCAAGAGAUAGCUGAACGAAUUAAGAAGAUUCUUCCUCUGGUUAAAAAAUUCGACAGAGGGCAACAACACGCUAAGAAAGUGCUUCGCAGUUAUUAUGAUAAACUCAGUGAAUUAGGAGUCGUGAAUGAAUUGGAGAUUACUCCUAGCAACGAAUCCUUCAUACCUGCCUCCCUUUAUUCCGUUUUGGGUUAUAAUCUGAAUUCCCUAUCCGAAGUUAUUUCCGAGGUCGCUUUGAAUAUUGAAGGACUGAAUUCACGGAACGCAUUUGAUUCGAUACUAAGACUGCUUAAACUCAAGCCAGCUGAAGAAAUUCCAAAAUCUGUAGAAGAGGAUAUAUUUUCUGAUGUAAAUAUAAGAACUUCUCCUUUCUUUUGCUUUCAAUGCAUUUAA